CAAACUGAAACUGGAACUGAGAGUGAUCAUGAGGGUGAUGCUGGAAAUCAUAUCAUCUCUGUUCCUCCCCAGAGUCCUCUGUUGCCUUUCAGAAUACGAGAAAUUUGAUGAUUUAUAUGAAUAUUUGGAAGAAGAGUUGGAAGAUACCACAGUGCAGGAUUUUUUGCAGCAUCUGUUGCAAAGUGAAGUUGUGAGCAGUGGUAUAUUGGAAGAUCUUAGAACUGAAGAUCUUAAAGAGAAAAGGAAAACCAGGGACCCACGAAUUACCAUGGAUUUAAGACAUAAACAGGUGAAAGAAAAUCGGUUGAGACGGCAGAAAGAGCUUGAACGUCUAAAACAAGAGAAAACCUUGAAAAAAUUUGCUAUGUCAGAGGCUCAGAAACAACUCCAGGCAGAGAAAAAGAAAAAGGCUUUGAAAGCCAAAAAAGAAGAGGAGGAAAUCCAAAAACAGAUGGUGAAGCUGCGAAAAGAGUUGAUAGAUAGAAGGCAACUGAUGGAAGAAGCACGGAAGAUGGAAAGAAAGAGACAAAGUUUAAAGAGAACUCAGAGGCUGGUAGAAUUAGGCCUGCUUCCUAGUGAGUCAGGCUAUAUAGAUUGGGAGAAAGAACAACAACAAAAGGAGAAACACAUCAAAAUACAAGAGCUGCUGAAGAAGGUUGAUGUUGCAAAUCAGAAGUGCCUACAGAAGUACUUCUCUGCCUGGUAUAAGCUUAUUCUGGAUCUCAGGCUUAAGAUGGGAAAAGCAAGAGCUCUUGCAGACUGGAAGUGCCAACUGAAGACUCUGCGAGCUUGGAGAGAUUACGUAUGGUCUCAGAAACUGAAGCAGGAGACUCAAAAAAUGGAGGACCAGCUUCGGGAUCAGAAUAGGAAAAAACAGUUGGCUACAGAAUUUAAUCGGAAAUGCAUUUUGCGCCACUGUUUUGCUGAAUGGCAAUGCUGGAGUCGAGCAGAGGUGGAAAAGAGAGAGUUACAUUUGAAAAAGGAAGAAACAAGGAUGAAAAUGGCAAAGCUACUAGAGGAAGUGACACUGGGGAAACUUGAUAUGUCUAGCUCAUGGGAUGACAAGAGACACCAUGAGACAGAAGAAGCUGAAGACCAGUCUGUGAGUCAUACGGAGGUAACUGAAAUACCCCUAUUACAGGGUGAUGCUACAACUGAAAAAGUUGAAAAAACAAGUUCCUACUCUUUAGAGACAAGUCAGAAAUUUGACCUUCAUUCACCUCCAAAGCCUAAAUGGGCAUGGCAAGUUACUCUGAAGCAUGCUGCUUUCAAUAAUCAGGACAAUGCCAUGUUUGGUAAUCAAACAAGAAGCUGUUUGCAACAUCUCGGUAAGCCAAAACAAAAACCAACCCCUGCUUUCUGGGGUCCUAUGGAGCACCGUCAUGCUUUCCAGCAACAGCUGAUUGAAGUACAGAGACAGCAGCUUCAAGAACAGCAAGAACUGAUCCUUAAACUUCAGGAAAAUGAGAGACUAAAGACAGCCAGGGAGGAGGCUGCACGAGCAACAGCUGCUACUUUAGCACUUGACAAUCAUGUACAAAAAAACAAGGAAAGAAAGAAAUCAAAUUUCAGUAACACAGAACCAUUAAGGUCAGAAAAAUCCCAUCCAGCUGUACAAAGCAGAAAGAACCUGAAACUGGUAUCUACAACCCAUCCCAUACUUAGAGCUAUGGAAGAGAGAGCAAUUCAGCGAGCAGAACGGAGAAAGGAAUUAGAAGAAGCAAAGAGGAAACGAGAAGAGGAGAAGCUUGCCAAAAUGCAGGCUGAGGAAGAAGAGCGUCAAAGCAGAGAAGCAGCAGAGAAAGAAGCUCAAUUAGAGAAGAGACGGGAAGAAAGAAAACUGCAAAAAAUAAAAGAACUGGAAAAUCAGAAAAGAUUAGAGAGAGAGCAGCAGCUGUUAUCAAAAGCAAACAAUCAUUAUAAUAAUGUCCUGCUCAAGAAGAGGGGUUUGGAACCCUGGAAAAAGCUAGUAGAGCAAACCCGGGAAAACGUGUUGGUGGCACAAAAGCACCAUUGCUUUAGACUGCAAAGAACAUAUCUGCUUGCCUGGCUUCAUCAUAUGCAAGAGAUUCUGGUUGGGAAAACAGUUAAGGCUGAAAACCUUUAUUCCUCUCUAUUGCUGAGAAGGUACUUCAGGAUCUGGAUGAAGUACAAGGAUUAUUUGUCUUCUCUGGAAGAGGAUGCAAGAAAGCACCAUGAAAGCUCCCUUACAAAAAAGGUCUUUUGGGCUUGGUUUGAUGUAUUUAGUGAGGAGAAGAGUGCACUCUGGGAAAAACAGAAGAUUGCAGAUCAAUAUAGUAACAGGAGGAUAAUGCUAACUGUGUUCAGAGCCUGGAUGCAAUUUCCAUCCCUGAUGAAAGAGGAAAAAAAGAAGGAAGAAAGACUGGCACAAUUAAGGAAGAGGGUAGCUGAAAUUCUGCCAGACUUUCAAACAUGACAAAUGGAUUCCAAAGAAGAAACAGGUGGAACUGGAAAACAAAGGGAAUUUACAUGUCCCAUUUCUGAGCAUGAAUCUGUAGAGCCAGUCCAAGUAAAUGGCAGAAAGGUGCACUUGUGUGUUUUGUUUUCGAGCAGAAAUAUCAUGUUGAAUCUCUGCUUAUGUACAGGAUGUAGUAAGACAAGUAGACUAAGGCUAGUUUCCUUUUUCCGUCUACAUCUUGUUCACAUCUGUUGGCCUGCUUUCCUGUGGUAAGAGCGUAUAGUGCGAAUAUACUGUUGGUCUGGUUGCUUAAGAACUUGUUUUCCUUUUUAAUGCUAUACCAAACAGCUACUGUAUGGAUAUAAAUACAGCCACCAGUUGCACAUUCCUCCCCACUAACUAGGAAGACAAUCAUUCUUGUCCAAAAUGUCAUAGGCUGGCAUUCUCUUAGUGACAUAUGCAGGGAUAAGUCUACCUUGCACCUGUGUAUUAUUUUUUGUUGUGGAGGUUGCUAUUUCCUUCCACUUUCCGCAGUGACUAAAACACCUCAUAUUUUCCACUGAGACCCCGUGGCCCUUUUACUUCUGUUCCAUUGGCUGGUGGAGAACCAUCUGGCUAUGUCCCUGUAGCCAGAUGUAGAAUGAUGUGCUGAGACAAUGCUGCUCUGAUCUCCCCCACCUACCCUAGUCAUGAAAUGACCAUGCAGACAAUAGGGGUGCUGAACUGUAGCCAAGGUCCACAUGCAGAACUGGUAUGCUAUGCUGUAUUAUACAUUUCAGCCAUUUUCUCCAGUAACAUGGAAUUGUAUCAUGAGUAAGUGACUUUCAGACUCAUUUCUCUGCAUGGAUCUGUUCUGGUGACUAUACUGCUGCAUGUAACUAUACUGGUUACAUGCAGCAGUACUUUUAGUAUCUUUUGCAUACGAUAAGAAGCCCAGGCAAUCUAGAUAAUUAUUCUGUAAGUGCUUACUUAUAAGCAACUUUACUUAUCAGCAACUUUAAAGUGUAGUCUUCAGCUAACACAAGAGUAUCUCUCAAAACAGUGGGAGUUCUUCAUGCUGGCCAUCUGCAUAACAUGCACUGGCUCUGACUGAUUUGAUCUUAAAUUUCUCCCAUUUUGAGAUUUGUGGACACAAGAAUUUUGGUGAGCUGCUGCUGUUCAGGGUUUUAUCGCUGAUGUCAGAAGAAUUCUGUAUGUAUGAUAGAUUCAGAUAUCAUCCCAUUCAAAUGCCUUUUCAGUCUUUAUCAUAAAGGUUUCACUAUAGUGUUGUAACUCUUGAAUAAAUCUCUGCAGCUGUUUCAUUCCCUAAUCCCUGACAGUUGUCUGCCACUGUAUUAUAUGCUUAAUCAAUUUAACUUUUCAGAAAUCCAGAUUGACUCAUCUAGCCUAUCUCCCUUUAGAAACAUGAAGCUUUGAGAAUCUUCUUGUCUUGAUUUUGAAAUCUGACUUUAUAAUCCAGUUCUUCUGACCCUGAGAGGAGGACAUAAUUUUCUUCUUUAGAGUAAGGAAACUGAGUGAUAUACUACAUCUGAGUAUCUAUGUAUAAUUAGCAGCCUUAAAAGUUAACAAAACAAAAUAGAUCUCAAGACCCACUUUCUCUUGUGCUACACCUUAUUUCUUGCUGAUUUCAGUUAAAUAAUUUGGUGGAAGUUUAUUAAAUCCAAUUAUGUUCACAACUGGACAUGCCAGAGCUUUCAGUGAUUUAAGUAUAUCCUGAUAAGGCCAAUCAGCCUGAAAGCCCUUAGACUUCAGUGCAACACCUGUUUUGUCCAGUGCCAUGGAGCAGGGAGGUUGAUUAUAUGAACUCAGAUCUCUUGCUUCCCUGCAAUCAAGUAGCUGCAUAGGUUUUUUACUGGGAUAAGCAAUUGUUAUAGGUUUAGGGGAAAUCACCUGUAAGAGCCAUUUGUGUCAUUCUGCUGCCUUUGCUACAAAAGUACUUGAAGUUACAUGUAGGCCAUCUACUCUAGCUUCCUACUGAGAAAUUUUUGAAAUUGUUUUCUGCAGGGCUUGGUUGCAUUCCACUAAUUACAAUUAAAAUGAUUCCGUAAACUAUUUAGUGCCCCAAGUUCACCUAACGCCUUUUCUCAGGUUCUCAGUUCUGCCAGAACGGAAAUAGAAGUGUUCACAUGAGAUUUGAAGGUAUUUUUUGAGGUCUUCUCAUAUAAUUGUCACACGAAUAGUUUUCUCACAAGAUGUUACAGCAGUGGGUUUGUUUAAAGGUCUACCUAAUCUUUUACAGCUGAACCUCUUAACUAAGAGUGAGACUGUUAAAGCAAAAAGAAGGUAUGGUCUGUCUGUUAUCUUGCUACAGCCUUUCCUUCUAUGUCCUUCUCACUUCAGCCCCACUACAAAGAAGUAAGCUUGGCUUUGUCAAAGAGCCUGCAUGGAAAUAUAUGAUGGAUUUGGAAACAGUUCAGCUCCCUGAAUUGCAUAUCCUCUUUUUUUCUCUGCCACUCUCUUCAUGAUUGAAGCAAGCCUCGUCUUAAGUAAGAGUGUCUCCUGAGCUAGUGUGUGUAUUCAGAGAAGCAUGUGGUCACAAGCUGAUACAACAAGGCUAUUAAUGACCAAAAACAUUUCAUAUAAUAGUUUUUGUUUUUCUGGCAUGCCAGUCACACAGAGAGAUCCAGAUCUAUUAGACCACUAUAAAGCUAAAAGAAAAUAAUUCAGGCUGAUUGUAUAUUUUAUAGACUACGUAUGAAUUGCUUUUUAUUUUCUUUACUUUUUUCCAUGCUAUGUUUAGUUCAUGUUCAUUGUAACAAAAAUGAUACAAAAAUAACAUUAAAGCAAAUGUAAUCUCCCUGCUUAGUCAUUAUCCUUCUUCUUUGUAAACCCACUCCAAGUGUUCUCAGCUCUGUUGUUGGUAUUCAGUGCCUCCCAAAGAACAAGUACCAAGUGAACAGGUCCAUAAAGGAAUAAUUUUAUUUUGAAGAUGUACACAUCCUUGGGAAUUUUACAUAGAUAACCAUUAGUCUUGGUUGACCAUGUUUUUAGAAAAGCAAGCUUGGUCAAUGUUAUACUACCACCCAGCUGAAAAAUAUUUUGUUACAAAUUACAGGUUUACCUAGAAGGGGUUUAUAGGAAUUUAACCAUUUAUGUGUAACGAGGUUUCUUUUAAAUAAAUACUUAGUGCUUAACUGCU